AUGGGGUCCGACAUUGAUGACGAGGAAGGAAAGGGGAUAAUACCGCGUAUCGUCGAGCAGAUGUUUACGAGCAUUAUGUCAAGCCCGGGCAACAUCGAGUAUACCGUUCGUGUAAGUUAUAUGGAAAUUUACAUGGAACGGAUCCGGGAUCUUUUACUCCCGCAGAACGACAAUCUUCCAGUUCACGAGGAGAAGUCUAGGGGUGUCUACGUGAAAGGUUUACUGGAGAUAUACGUGUCGAGUAUACAGGAGGUUUACGAAGUAAUGCGCAGAGGAGACGCGGCGCGGGCAGUCGCAGCAACAAACAUGAACCAGGAGUCUUCCCGCUCCCACUCUAUUUUUGUUAUCACCAUAACUCAGAAGAAUGUUGAAACCGGGUCUGCAAAGAGUGGACAGCUGUUCCUUGUUGACCUGGCGGGUAGUGAAAAGGUCGGCAAAACCGGAGCGAGUGGCCAGACUCUUGAAGAAGCGAAAAAGAUCAAUAAGAGUCUGAGUGCACUUGGGAUGGUCAUAAACGCCCUUACCGAUGGAAAAUCGACACAUAUCCCUUACCGUGAUUCGAAACUCACCCGUAUACUGCAGGAGAGUUUAGGUGGAAAUUCCCGCACAACGUUGAUCAUCAACUGUUCACCAAGUAGCUAUAAUGAUGCCGAAACUAUGAGCACUCUUCGCUUCGGUGUGCGAGCGAAGGCGAUCAAGAACAAGGCGAAGAUCAACGCGGAGUUGAGCCCUGCGGAGCUGAAACAACUGCUGAAAAAAGCACAAAAUCAGGUUAUGACAUUUGAGAAAUAUAUCCCAUCAUUGGAGUCCGAAAUUCAGCUUUGGCGCACUGGCGAGCCGGUUCCUCAGGAAAAAUGGGUGGUACUGAGGACUGGAGAGGGAGUCUCUGGCAUAAAGCUUGAUACUAGAACACCACGUCCGGCCACGCCCUCACGCCUCCAGGCGGAAGUGCGGUCAGAAACACCCAGUAGUAGACCCGAUUCGAGAGUCGGUGACCGAGCCGGCACUCCUACCAUUGCAUUAGAGAAGGAUGAGCGCGAGGAGUUCCUACGGCGUGAGAAUGACCUCCAAGAUCAGUUGGCCGAAAAGGAAACGCAGAUUGUAGCCACAGAGAAAGUACUGGUGGAGAAGAAAGAAGAGCUUAAGAUAAUGAAAGAAACGGCCGUUCGAACAGGAAAGGAUAAUGAGAAACUCAACGCCGAAGUGAACGAGCUUCGCAUGCAGCUCGAAAAGGUCUCAUUUGAAGGAAAGGAAGCAGCGAUUACAAUGGAUACUCUCAAAGAUGCCAAUUCAGAGCUUACAGUUGAGCUAGACGAAUUGAAACAGCAGCUCCUUGACGCGAGGAUGACCGCAAAGGAAACGAGUGCCGCGUUAGACGAGAAAGAUCGCAAAAAGGCCGAGCGCAUGGCCCAGAUGAUGGCUGGAUUUGACCUUAAAAUGGACUUCUUCUCUGAAAACGAAAGAAAGAUUCAGAAGCUAGUUGAGCGAGUGGACUCGUUGCAUGCAACGAGCUCGUCAGGAGAAGUGGUUGCCCCGGACGAAUUUCUCGAUUUGCGAUCAUCGCUUGUUGAGACGCAGGGCGUUGUCCGGCAGGCUGAAUUGGCGAUGAAUGACCGGGGCAAUGCUGCUGCGGACACGAAGCUACUACAGGGGAUCGUCAAACUUCAGCAAGAGCUAGAGGCGGCGUUAGAACAGACCCUUGAUCCUGCAGAUGCGGCGGAAAUUAAGCAUAGGUUGGAACAGGCUUAUGCUGCAGGCAGAGAUAUUGACACUCUGAAACUAGAUAGCUUGCGAAACGAGCUCGCCCGCAAGGACGAAGAGCUCGGACGCCUCAAGCAGUCGUUGACGGAAAGUCGAUCUCAGCCGAAUGGGUCCGGCAAUAGCGCACCCACGAUCAAUAGCAAAACGCUGCAACAGCAGAUCGCUGACUUUGAUACUAUGAAGAAAUCCCUGAUGCGUGAUCUUCAAAAUCGGUGUGAAAGAGUCGUCGAGCUUGAAAUUUCGCUCGAUGAAGCGCGCGAACAGUAUAAGCACGUCGUGCAAUCCUCCAACAAUCGGCAGCAACAAAAGAAAAUGGCUUUCUUGGAACGGAAUCUCGAGCAAUUGACACACGUACAAAGGCAACUUGUGGAGCAAAAUAGCAGCCUGAAAAGAGAGGUUGCGAUUGCGGAGCGGAAGCUGAUCGCUCGCAAUGAGAGGAUCGAGAGCUUAGAGACUCUUCUCCAGGAGAGCCAGGAGAAGCUUACGGCUGCGAAUCACCGGUAUGGCCCCUUGCUAUGA